AUACGUUGUUCUUUUUCUUUUUUGUUCAUUCAAGGCAUCAAUCUACGUCCCUAUCAGAUGGAAGGUGUAAACUGGUUGAUAUGCUGCUAUGAAGAUUUGCACGGCUGCAUCCUGGGUGACGAAAUGGGACUUGGGAAGACUUGCCAGACCAUUUCUCUACUUGUUGUCCUAAGUGGAAAACUUAACAGAAGGCCUUUUUUGAUCCUUUGUCCUCUGUCCGUGUUAAAUAACUGGGAGGAAGAACUUGACAGGUUUGCCCCACGGCUUUCCUUCAUAACCUAUUCAGGUGACAAGGAAGAAAGAGCCAAACUACAACAGGACAUAACAUCAAAUAAUAAUUUCCACAUUCUGCUGACAACCUAUGAGAUGUGCCUCAGAGAUGCUGCAUUUCUGAAACGAUUUAAAUGGGCUUGCCUUGUUGUAGAUGAAGCUCACAGACUGAAGAAUCAGGAUUCAUUACUUCACAAAACACUCUCUGAGUUUUCAACAGAUUUCAGCCUCCUGCUGACUGGCACUCCCAUUCAGAAUAGUCUCCAAGAACUAUAUUCCCUGCUUGCUUUUAUUGAACCAGUUAUAUUCCCCAAGGAGCUAGUGGAAGAAUUUGUUCAGUAUUACCAUGAAGUUGAAAAGGAAAGUGAAGCAGCUAAUGAACUGCAUAGUCUGUUGAAGCCAUUCUUGCUCCGGAGAGUGAAAGCAGAAGUUGCAGGUGACCUCCCAAAGAAGAUGGAGGUCAUUCUCUACCAUGGCAUGUCAGCAUUGCAAAGAAAAUUUUAUAAGGCCAUUUUGAUGAAAGACCUAGAUGCCUUUGAAAAUGAAUCAGGGAAGAAAGCUAGGCUGCAAAAUGUGUUAAUUCAGCUCCGGAAAUGUGUAGCUCACCCAUAUUUGUUCAAUGGUGUUGAACCAGAACCCUUUGUCAUUGGGGAUCAUCUUAUCGAAGCUAGUGGGAAACUGAACUUACUGGAUAAGCUUCUCGCUUUCUUGUAUGCUGGUGGUCACCGUGUAUUGCUGUUUUCCCAGAUGACCCAAAUGCUGGAUAUUCUGCAGGAUUACAUGGAUUACAGAGAUUACAGCUAUGAGCGCCUGGAUGGAUCUGUUCGAGGUGAAGAAAGGCACCUUGCCAUUAAAAACUUUGGGCAGAAGCCCAUUUUUGUCUUCCUUCUGAGCACCAGAGCAGGUGGAGUUGGAAUGAAUCUAACUGCAGCAGACACCAUCGUUUUUGUUGACAACGACUUUAACCCACAAAAUGACUUGCAAGCAAUAGCAAGAGCCCACAGGAUUGGCCAGAACAAACCUGUAAAAAUUAUCCGUUUGAUUGGGAAAGACACCGUAGAAGAGAUGAUCUACCGACGAGCCGUAUCAAAGCUCCAGUUAACUAAUGCCAUUAUUGAAGGGGGGCAGUUUGCACUUGGAGCACAGAACUCACAGGACACAGGUGAUGUUCAGCUAAGUGAAAUCCUGAAGUUUGGUUUGGACAAACUGUUAUCGUUGGAUGGAAGUACCAUCUGUGAUGUGGACUUGGGAAGUAUCCUUGGAGAGACAAGAGGAGGAAUAUGGGUAAUGGAUCCUGUGCUGUCUACCACAGAGGGAAAUGAAGAGCAAAAUCUAGAAAGCCACAUGUACAUAUAUGAAGGCAAAGACUACUCCAAAGAACUUAGCAAAGAAGAUCAGAAGGCCUUUGAUCAGUUGCUAGAUCUACAAAACAUUCUCAUUGAAGAUGUCGGUCAAAAAGGAAGAGCACUGCGAAAUAAAGAAGACGUUCUUGUUUUGGGCAUUCAGAUGGGUCCCAGUAAAAAACGAAGGAAAUUAAGUCCAGAAGAGCUGGAAGCUCGGCAUAGGAAACUGCAGGAGGCAGCAGCAAGGAAGGCUAAGCUCAGGGAAGAACAGAGGCAGAGGAAGGAAGAAUCUGAACGCCAGAAAAAGAUGGCCUGGUGGGAAGCUAAUCACUACAGAUCUUGUUGCCUUGAGUCAGAACAGAGCAGUGAGGAGGAGGAAGAAGAAGAAGAAGAAGAAGGCAACAUGCUGGAUGUGCACUUGGACUACACUGACUCAGAACAGGCCUCCAUCCACUAUAUUAUGGGAGAUGUUACCCACCCCUCAGCAGGGGAAGAGGAUGCCAUUAUUGUGCACUGUGUAGAUGAUUCAGGUCGCUGGGGAAGAGGAGGCUUAUUUACAGCACUGGGGAAUCGUUCUGACCAGCCAAAAAAGAUAUAUGAGCAGGCAGGAAAGAUGAAAGAUCUGGCAUUGGGAGGAACUCUUUUGUUCCCAAUUGAUGAUAAGAAAUCCAGAAACAAAGGACAGGACUUGCUGGCCCUUAUUGUAGCACAGCACCGAGACCGCUCCAACAACUUGUCUGGAAUUAAGCUCCCUGCUUUAGAAAAGGGAUUAAAGAAAAUUUAUCUGGCAGCCAAGAAAAAGGAUGCAAGUAUCCACCUGCCUCGCAUUGGACAUUCAACCAAGGGCUUUAAUUGGUACGGAACAGAGCGUCUCAUCCGCAAGUACUUGGCAUCAAGAGGAAUACCCACAUUUGUAUACUACUAUCCUAGGACCAAAGCACCUUUGCAAGUAUCCACAACAUUAGCAUCAACUUCACAGCCUUAAAAAUUUUCACGGUGCAAAGGCUUGUGCCUGCUACUCGUUCAUGCAGCUGUCUGCAAAUGUUUUGAAGAGAUAUGAAUACUAGAUACAGAUCGGUUUGUGUACAUAUAAAUCUAUUCCCAUAUUAAUGAGAGAACUGUGCUUGAUCAUGCAUUCACUUUUUAAGACAGAAGUGGCAGCUCUGGCUGGUACACAGACCUUCCAUGACAGACUUGAGUGUUGGGUUGAACAUGACCUGCUGGCCUCUGAGCACAGUUGGAGCCAAGCAGCCAAAAAAAGCAGAUUAAGAGCAGCAUGAUAGACCUGUGACUUGGCUCUCCAUCUCCUGGCUGUACUCCUUCAUUCUGCAGAACAGCUGACUUUUUAUUUCGUGAUUUAAUUUUUUUCUUCAUACAUGGGGUUUUUACACUCUUGUUAAAAUGUAUAGUGAAUAUUAAAAAUGACAGACUGUCUCUUUCUGUAAAAGGUGUCUACUUGAAGU